CUCGCGCGGAGUGGAAGUGCGCCGGGCCCGUCCGAGUCCACCAGUGCGAGUAACAGAGGUACCCACAGUCGGGAAGCCGUGUAAGGGGCUCGAGUAACUAUAUCGUUUAUUGAUGGACAGGAAAUUGGUUUCAGGACCGGGCAAGAUGGCGACAAAGAAAGCUCCUGAACCGAAGUCUUUUCCUGAACCGAAGUCUUCGACGAGCACUGCUGACGCUACCGAGUCAACUCCGCUCGUCUCCAAGAAUGGACCAGAGGAUCCGACGGGCCGCGAAGAGGGCGGAGGCCUAUCCAUGAAGCAGACUGUCCUUCUGAUAGCCGGCGAGAUGGCGGGCAGCGGAGUGCUGGCUCUACCGAGAGCGCUCGCUAGAACUGGAUGGUUCGGUGUCCCGGUGAUCAUUCUGAUGUGCAUUAUUGCGGCGUUCAGUGGCAAGAGGCUCGGCGACUGUUGGACCAUGAUCGAGGCCCGCGACCCCAAGAUGAGGAGCAGGCAGCGAAACCCAUAUGCUAUUAUCGCCGAACAGUCUUUAGGAAAAACUUGGAGUGUGGUGGUGUCAUGCGCCAUGAUGGUGACGCUCUUCGGCGCGUCGGUGGUGUACCUGCUGCUGGCGGCGCAGAUCAUCGAGCACGUGUUCCUGGCGCUGCUGCCGACCAUGACCAUCUGCGUGUGGUACCUCAUCGUGGCCGGCGCCAUGACGCCGCUGCUCCUCUUCGCCACGCCCAAGGACUUUUAUUUUACGGGUGUGAUUGCCUUCGGGUCCACGGUGGUGGCGUGCGUGCUGUACUUCAUCCAGAUGAUGAACGAUGUGAGGCCAUUCGUCUUCCGCUACGGCCUCCACGGAUUCCAAGAGUUCUUUCUAGCUCUCGGAACUAUCAUGUUCGCUUUUGGCGGAGCCUCUACUUUCCCUACCAUACAAAAUGACAUGGCUGAUAGAUCGAAGUUCAGUAAGACUAUCCAGUACAGUUUCGGAGCAAUCUUGCUGCUGUACCUGCCCAUCGCCAUCGCCGGGUACGCGGUAUACGGCGAGGCCGUGUCGCCCAACAUCGUGACGUCACUGUCCUCGACGCCGCUCACCCUCGUAGCCAACGUGCUCAUGGCCGUCCACCUCGUGUUCGCGUUCAUCAUCAUCAUCAACCCCGUCUGCCAGGAGGUCGAGGAGCUGUACGAGGUGCCUAGAGAUUCCGUCGGCUGGCGCAUGAUAGUGCGUUUGUCGAUAAUGGGCGCGAUCCUGUUCAUCGGCGAGAGCGUGCCGCGGUUCUACACGAUCCUGGCGCUGGUGGGCGGCACCAGCGUGGCGCUGCUCACGUUCAUCCUGCCCGCCUACUGCUACCUCAAGCUCGUGGAGCAGACGCCGCCGGACCAGGCCGUCAGCCAGCCGGGCUGGAUGAAGAUGGCGUGCUGGCAGGUGAUCGCCGUGGGCGCGGUGGGCGGCGUCAUCGCUACCUACAGCGCUAUCAGCGCCAUCUUCAGCACGGCGCAGGCCACGCCGUGCUAUCUACGAUAAACGCCUACCUUUGCACCCUUUGAACCUCAACGAAUGCCUAAAAGCACAUCUAUACGACGUGGU